AUUGACAUUGAUAGAUUAGAUAAAUUGCUACUUAGUGUCAGAUGAAUGAAAUAAAUAAAUAAAUAAUUCUUAUUAAAAUUGUUUAACACUAUUCAGUUAUUCACUAUUGAUAAACAAUAAUAUGUAAUAAGUAAAACUAAACAAGUACUUACAACUUAAAAUAGCUGAUAAUAUUACCGGAUAACACAAUAAUACAACAAUGGAUCUAAAUAAAUUACCAAAUGACAAGAAACUGGAACUGUGCAGAAAUUACUUUCGUGUUGGCUGUAUUCUACUACCAUUUGUGUGGGCAGUUAAUGCUGUAUGGUUUUUCAAAGAAGCAUUUGUAAAUCCCCCAUUUGAUGAGCAGAAAGACAUCAAGAGAUAUGUGAUGCUGAGCGCGGGGGGAGCCCUGACCUGGCUAGUGGUGCUGGGCGCGUGGACCACCACGUACCAGAUGAACAGGGUGGCGUGGGGGGAGCUGGGGGACAAUCUGUCCUUCAUAUUACCCCUGGGGAGACUCUAG